GCAACAUGGAAUAGUACAGUAACGUUAUUUCAAUUUUGAUCUGAUCGCAUAUGGCACUACGGAAUCCCAAACAUGACUUUGACUUCUCGGAACGCUUUCGUCACGGCCAUAAACGCAGACACUUUGUCCGCCGUGUCAUGCUUGGACUUGUCUGGAUGGAGCUGCAACACCAUCGACCGAUACUGCCGCUUCACCACUUGAAAGCUCGCCGUCGGGGGAGUUCCCAGCACCCCAAACAUAUUGGUGUCUCGCCACAUGGCUAGAAUGCGCGCCGUCGACACCAAGUCCGCCCCCGUGACACACGACGUGUAGUCUGCAAGGGGCCCCACUUGGCCCCCUACUCCUUGCUUCAAAAGCCGAGCGCGUCGCCGCGCCGCCUCAAACAUCGACGCUUGUUCCGACCGCAGGUUUUGUUGGCAACGAUACUCGUCCAUGCAGUUGCAAUGCGUUUUGCAACGUGUGCACUGAACACAGUUCCACAGGUACUCGUGUUUGCACUUUGGACACCCCGACGUGCGUUCGAUGGAAUCGAUCAUGUCGGACAACACAUUCUUGCACGACGAGAGGAUAGCAGCAUGGGAGAUCGCCCGACGCUUCAAUGGCUUGACUGAUAUUUUGCGCACCGGUGCCGCCGGUGGAGUUGCGGCAGCUUUGGCCACGGGUACUGCCGCAGCAGCAUGUGAUGGUGUGGAGGCUACGUUUUCGUUGGACGACGACAUGGCGAUGGGCGGUAUAGCAGGCUCCGUUGCCACUUUGUUUUCAAAAGGCGGGGGGUUGGGUGUGUGUGUGACAGAGGGUUCGGGGGAAGCUUCCUCGGUGGUGGGUGGUGGCGGGGGAAGCCAGCGGGUGAAUCGCGCAAGGUCCAAUCCGGGGGGAACAAACCAGGCUUUGGCUUCGGGGUCCCAUUCGGCGCCCAGCCCUUUGACCAGAAACUUUUGAGGGAACGGACAGUCCAAGUACUUUCGAUCGGUCGAGACUUGCGGGGCGCGGGGCGUCCAUCGCAGGAACGGCUUGAGGUUUCGGCCAGCAGGGACCACCCACAGUUUCUUCUCCGAGUCCCACAGCGCCCCCUGCGACCGGGCUUGGUCCCGCUCAAUGUAAGGACAGUCAAAGUACAUGCAUUCGGUGGAGAGUCGAGGGGGGGAUGCGGUGGGACUGCUGGGGGGUUCUGGCGCCGAUUCCACGGCGCGAGGAUGGGGGGACCACCUGGAAAACGGAGUCAAAUUCUGGCCUUCGUGGACAUACCACUUCUUGACAUCCGCGUCAAACAGCGCCCCCAUCUGCCGCACGACUAGACGAUCCGUGGCCGCACAGUUGAGGUACAUGCGUUCGUCAGCGUACGCAGGGGGUGCGGGGGGGGCGGCUGGCGGUGCGGGUGAAGGCGACGACGGCUUGUCGAGGUUUUGUCCCUGAAGAAUUGUCCGCGUGGGUGAGGUGGGGGCGGCCGGUGGUGGGACGACGUCGUCAUCUUCGGUCAAAUCAAUCAAGUUCUCGGCCGUGGCAGUGGUGCGUGGAGGUGACUCCACGAGAACGGCUUGAUCGUCGUCGGAUAUGUCGUCGUCGUUGCCCUUGGGUUCGACGUCAUUGGCCCCAAUGAGAUUGUCGGUGACAGAUGGGGGGUGGUUGUGGGCUGGUUCCAAAGGAUGAUGGCCGAGCUGUUCGAUCGCCAUGCCAAUCCACUUGGAUGCUUCGUGGUGUUGCUGGCUGUGUUGCAACUGCAGGGCCAGUUCUUGCAACCGCGAUUGAAUCGUGUUCAAACUUGGCGACGUCAAUGAUCCCUCUGGCAGCUUGGAAGGUGGAGCAACGCGAGGUCGAAGAGCCUCCGUUUUGGGUUUCACUUUGAACGCACAGCUCUGUGGGUCUGCGAGGAGGUUGGUCGUAGCCCACACGUGCCAGGCCAGCUGCCGGUCGUACUUGGCCAAGUCCUGACGCGUGGCAUGCAGUUGGUCCAUCAUGUCGUCGGCACCAGUGGGGUUGACUUCUUCGUCCAAUAGGACAUAAUGGCCCAGUUGCAGUUUUUCGCCGUGCCGAUACAUGCGGGAGACGGUGGCAGGGUCCAUGAGAUGGUGCACGGCAUCGUCCAGGCUGAACGAUGUCGCAUACUCCUGGAGCCACGUCGAGCGUUGCUUGGUCGGGUCGAUCGGUUCAGACGUCGACGCUUUUGACGUUGUUGGAGGGCUGAGGGCUAGGCGCAAAAAAAAGGGCGCCUCUUUCGUCCAGUUGGUUGAUUCGUUGGUCGCAAGACAGAACGCUUGCCAUUGCGAUGUGUCCACGUCGUGGCGCCAUCGGUGCAGCAUUUGACGGCGAUGGAUGGCUAGAAUGGAUCGCCCAAUGGCCUUGAGCCCAUUCGAGACCAUUUGGAAGUUCCCUUGGGCAAACUCGGCCAGCUUGGUCAUCCACAUGCAUUGCUGCAAGUACGUGGCUUCGUCGUCGGCCUUGUGGUACGCCAUUUCUUUGUCGUCCAGUUCAGAAGAAGAACACACAAGCUCUCUCAACACUUCGGGGCAUCCGUCACGUGUGGCCCGCACCAAGCGGCGGAAGUCCGGAAAUGCUGCGUCCACGACGUCCCCGGACGGCCACAGGGGCUCGGACAGCGACCAAUGCGCCCGGCGAACGGAAUAUUUGUCAAGUCGACACACAAACGGAGCGAAGGUGGUGCCAAAUUUGGACUUGAGCAGGGCGCUGGCGUACGCAUGGCUGCCUAGGUAAUGGGCCGCCAGGGCAAUGUACUGGACACGCAACGCCGACCGGGACAUAUCCAUGUGCACAUCCGGGGACGAAGGGUACGCCGCCGAGUCUAGCAAGGCGGAGAGCCACUUGGAGAUGGAGCGGUGCAGGGUCUGGAUGUCUGGCGGGCUCAACACGAGGCGCUUCAAUUGUUGGAUGUCGUAGUCGUCGAGGGAGUGGAGCUGCAGUGGACGGAGGUAGAAAUACGGGUCUUGGCAGGAUGGAAUGCUAGUGUGAUCGGUGUCGACGUUGCUGCUCGCUGGCAACGACGACAGGGUCUGUGGUGGCGUGGACUGGGGCAGAGUGCAUCGUGGCGCCGGGUGGAGUUUGCCCAUCGCCGCCUGUUUGAACGUUUCAAUGGUACGCACUUCCACAGACUUUUCACGAUUCGACGUGAGGCUGCUUGCAACCCUGCUUUCAAGGUGCAUGGCUGUGUGUGAAAGGCGGAACACCGUCGCUGCAUUGUCCAGCUUGUGCUUCAAUUCCAUGCAUGUCGCGCCGGCAUCUUUUAAUUGGAAAUUGGACAGUCGAAGGUGGCGCUCCAAUGACGCAUGAGGACGCUUGACGAACAACGGUAACGGUGAGCCAGACGAAGACCCUACAGCACACAUGUGA